CUCUUCGACUACUUCGUUGGAUAAGGUCGACUCUACCAAAGCGAAGAAAUAACAGAGAGAGAGAGAAAAAAAGAAUGUCAUUUCAUCUAAGCUCCUCUCCUUCAUCGCUUCUCCACGAUCCUCAUCCUCUCUGUAAUCUCCUCUCGACUCAUCCAAAAACCACUCCAAGGAGCUUCUUUUCCUCCUACAACCCCAACUUCCACUCCAGAAACCUUCUCCAAACAAGCCAUGUUUCACUACAAGAAUCUCUCCCGCAUGAAACCCAGAUCGAAAAACCCAAACUUGACGCGAACCCACCAGGCUCUGCCCCCAAAAGAUACGCCUGGGUGAACCCCAAUAGCCCCAGAGCUUCUCAGCUCCGUAGAAAGUCUUACGACUCGAGGUACGCUUCUCUAAUCAAACUAGCCGAGUCCUUAGACGCGUGUCCCCCUACCGAGGCUGAUGUCUCCGAUGAAUUAACUAAGUUUGGUAGUAAGCUCUUCGAGCAAGACGCUGUUGUUACUCUCAAUAACAUGACCAAUCCAGAAACCGCGCCUCUUGUCUUGAACAAUCUCCUCGAGACGCUGAAACCCACCAGGGAAGUGAUUCUCUACAAUGUGACAAUGAAGGUGUUUAGAAAGUCCAAGGAUCUCGAGAAGUCCGAGAAGCUGUUCGACGAAAUGCUCCAGAGAGGGGUUAAACCUGACAACGCUACGUUCACGACGCUGAUCAGCUGCGCUAGGCAGUGUGGUUUACCUAAGAGAGCUGUUGAGUGGUUUGAGAAAAUGCCUUCCUUUGGAUGCGAGCCUGAUAACGUCACUUUGGCUACUAUGAUCGACGCUUAUGGUCGUGCUGGUAACGUGGAGAUGGCUUUGAGCUUGUAUGACCGUGCGAGGACUGAGAAAUGGCGGAUUGACCCUGUUACUUUUUCGACUUUGAUUAGGAUAUAUGGUUAUUCUGGAAACUAUGAUGGGUGUCUCAAUAUCUAUGAAGAGAUGAAGUCUCUUGGGGUGAAGCCUAAUCUUGUUAUCUACAAUAGGCUGUUAGAUUCUAUGGGGAAAGCCAAGAGGCCUUGGCAGGCGACGAUAAUCCACAAGGAUCUUAUUAGCAAUGGCUUUGAACCCAACUGGAGUACUUAUGCUGCUCUUAUUAGAGCCUAUGGUAGAGCUCGUUAUGGCGACGAUGCGCUUGUUAUCUACAGGCAGAUGAAGGGGAAAGGAAUGGAGUUAACUGUGAUUCUUUACAACACUCUCUUAUCCAUGUGUGCUGAUAUUGGGUAUGUGGAUGAGGCUUUUGAGAUUUUUCAAGAUAUGAAGAGUUCUGGGUCUUGUGAUCCUGACAGCUGGACCUUCUCUUCGCUAGUCACCGUGUACUCUUGCUGUGGGAGGGUUUCAGAGGCCGAGGCGGCUCUGCGUGAGAUGAGAGAAGCUGGCUUUGAGCCUACUCUCUUUGUUCUUACGUCGCUUAUCCAGUGUUAUGGCAAAGCCAAGCAGGUUGAUGAUGUUGUGAGGACAUUCGAACAAGUGUUGGAGCUUGGUAUAGAGCCAGACGACAGAUUCUGUGGCUGUCUUCUGAAUGUAAUGACCCAGACGCCGAAGGAGGAGAUCGGUAAACUCAUUGGAUGUGUGGAGAAGGCUAAGCCAAAGCUUGGUCGUGUGGUGAAGAUGCUGGUAGAGGAGGAGAAUUGCGAGGAAGGUGUGUUCAAGAAGGAAGCAUCUGAGUUGAUUGAUUCCAUAGGCUCUGAUGUAAAUAAAGCGUAUUUGAAUUGCUUGAUUGAUCUCUGCGUCAAUCUCAAUAAGUUGGAAAAGGCUUGUGAGAUCCUGCAACUGGGGCUGGAGUAUGACAUAUAUUCAGGUCUUCAAUCAAAAUCUGCUACCCAGUGGUCCUUACAUCUGAAAAGUCUCUCUCUUGGUGCAGCCUUAACCGCUCUUCAUGUUUGGAUGAACGACUUAUCAGAGGCCUUUCUGACGUCUGGAGAAGAGUUCCCUCAGUUGCUAGGAAUCAACACUGGACAUGGUAAACACAAGUACUCAGAUAAAGGUUUAGCAGCUGUUUUUGAGUCUCACUUAAAGGAGCUUAAUGCUCCUUUCCAUGAAGCCCCAGAUAAGGUUGGCUGGUUUUUGACCACUAGUGUUGCGGCAAAGGCAUGGUUGGAGUCUAGACGUUUAUCCGGAGAAGUUUCUGCGUAGCUCUCUGUCGUUGGUAUGUUGCUUUUGAGUUUUAUUCCGGCAAAGGAUAGAUUUUUGUAAUGCUAGCAAACUCAGUGUUAUACACAUUUAAAACAAUUCUACAGAGGCUGAUUAAGUCUCAUAAUCCUUAGUUUAUGGUAUUUUCUUCAUUAUCCU